CGCAGUGUGCGCAAAUUCAUAAACCAGCCCGCAGAGUUGGUAGUUUCUGAAUCCCGAGACUUGAAACCAGGCGGGAAGACCCUUCUCAACCUCAAGAGAAGAUGACAGCCCACAGAGAGUUUACUUCUGUUUACAUGGAAUUCAGAAAUCUUCUGCAAAUCAUGAUUUCAAGGCCAGAGAAUGGCAGGUGAACAGAAACCCUCAAGUAACCUCCUGGAACAGUUUAUUUUACUAGCCAAAGGUACCAGUGGCUCAGCUCUCACUGCUCUCAUAAGCCAGGUGUUGGAGGCUCCUGGAGUAUAUGUCUUUGGAGAACUGCUAGAGCUAGCCAAUGUGCAGGAGCUUGCAGAAGGAGCUAAUGCUGCUUAUUUGCAGUUACUGAACCUGUUUGCCUAUGGAACAUACCCAGAUUACAUAGCCAACAAGGAGAGCCUGCCAGAACUGAGCAAAGCUCAGCAGAACAAGCUGAAACAUCUUACCAUCGUGAGCUUGGCAUCGAGAAUGAAGUGUAUCCCUUACUCUGUGCUGCUGAAGGACCUGGAGAUGCGGAAUCUCCGGGAACUAGAAGACCUCAUCAUUGAGGCUGUCUACACUGACAUCAUCCAGGGCAAGCUGGACCAGCGAAACCAGCUGCUAGAAGUGGAUUUCUGCAUUGGCCGUGACAUCCGAAAGAAGGAUAUCAAUAAUAUUGUCAAGACAUUGCAUGAAUGGUGUGAUGGCUGUGAAGCAGUUCUGCUGGGCAUCGAGCAGCAAGUUCUGAGAGCCAACCAGUACAAAGAGAACCACAACCGAACUCAGCAGCAGGUAGAGGCAGAGGUUACCAACAUCAAGAAGACACUCAAAGCCACGGCGUCUUCCUCAGCUCAGGAGAUGGAGCAGCAGCUGGCUGAACGGGAGUGUCCCCCUCAUGCUGAGCAGAGGCAACCCACCAAGAAGAUGUCCAAAGUGAAAGGUCUGGUCUCUAGCCGCCACUAGGGCCGGCUGGGGCAGCUGGCACUCACCAGGCCUGGGUCAGGUGGGGAGGGGACACCAAGGGCCUAUUUCCUCCCCUCUCUACCUGCAGUGAGUUCCAGACCUGCCCACCCCCUCACCAGCGCCUCCCCACCCUGUUGGUACUGUUCCAGAAAAACCGUUACUUCUCUCCCUCACCUACUUCCUCUUCCCCAGUUGUUCCCUUCAGACUCAGGGGCUCCACUAAUGCCAUCCUAACAGGGUCAGACACUGCCCAGCUUCCCUUCAGGAGGUUCUUGUCUCUGUGUAAGGGCUUGUCUCCCUCCCAGUUUUUCUUUUGCUCCAUGUCAUUUUGUCAGGCUGGUCAUAAGCCAGAGGCAGCUUUUACCGGCCCCCAGGGAUGACUGUGGAGGAGACCCUUCCCUAAGUAAGGAGGGGGUGUUCUUUCUCCAGCCCCAUGUACCACAGUACGCAAUGGUGCAGGCCAUCUCUAGCCAGGUUUCAAAAUGCUUCAUUUCCCCUCUCCUGCCUUAUCCCUUGUUGGCAGCUCCAGUUCAGGCCAUGGAGGGAUGUGGUGCUGGGCUAUGUUUACUAAACCUGCGGGUUUUCAGCCUCUUAAGCCCAGCUCUGAUCUCUCAUUAGUUGGGAGCACUGGGUUGACUAACCUCUGGUAUCUGGGCAAAAUAGGGGGUGCUGUGGGUCUGCUGGGUGGCAGAAGUUGUUUCCUUCAGCUCGUGUUCUCUGCUGGCUGCUCUUCCUGCUGCCUCUGACUACUCAGCCUUGUUUUUGGUGCGUAGGCUGCAGCUGCCCACUGGGGCUGUUGGUCAACACUUGCUCUCCCAAAACCUUUAAUUCCUCCCGGCUGCACCUGGGGUGGGGCGGGUGGUGGUGCCGAGGCCCCUGUCUGUCGCACGACCUGUUGCUGCUUCUGUCUGUCUCUUUCCAUCCCUCCUUGGCUGAUGCCCCAGAGCCCUCUGAUGAUGGCAUUCUCCUGGCAAGAGAAAAGGACUUAACUAGACUUUCUGAACUUGAACAGUUUCAGGUUAUAUUUUAAUUUUUUUUUUUGUACAGGUUCUGAUUCUAAUACAUUUCAACAUGCUUUUCCCCCC